AUGGAUAAAUCAUCAAACUUUGAUGAAAAUUCUGAGGCGGGUUAUCACCCUUCACCUUCCCAUACUGCUGCUUUUUCCCCAAUGAGUGCAGAUUCUUUUGCAUACUGCCAAACUUGGACAAGCUCAGAGUCUGAGACUGUAGAUGAGAGUAGCUAUGCCAGUGAACCUUCUCCUUCUCGGUGGAGGGCUAAGCAAGAUGUUCUUUCAAAGAUAGGAAUGAAGCAGCGCAAGCAUUCAAUUGAUGAUAAACUUGAUGGCAAUGAUCUCUUGGAUUCAGCCGAGCUUGAACUGAUGAAAGAAAGAUUUGCAAAGCUUUUGCUGGGAGAAGACAUGUCUGGUAGUGGGAAAGGUGUUUGUACUGCAGUUACAAUCUCAAAUUCCAUUACCAAUCUCUAUGCAACUAUAUUUGGACAAAGUUUAAAGUUAGAACCACUAAAGCCUGAGAAGAAGGCUAUGUGGAAAAGGGAAAUGAAGGUUCUCUUAUCAGUGUGUGACUACAUACAAGAAUUUGCUCCAACUGCACAAUAUUUAGAAGAUGGCACAAUUGUGGAGAUUAUGAAAAGUAGGCCAAGGUCAGACAUCUACAUCAACCUCCCUGCACUGCAGAAGCUUGAUACAAUGCUCAUAGAAAUAUUAGAUACUUUCCAGGACACUGAAUUUUGGUAUGCAGAGAACAUACCAGGGAAUUCGAGUCGAUUACGUGGGGCAUCAUUUCGAAGAAUUGUUCCAAGGAAAGAUGAGAAAUGGUGGUUGCCAGUUCCUUGUGUUCUUCCUGGUGGCCUCUCUGACAUGUCAAGAAAGCAUCUGAUAGAGAAAAGGGAUUGUGCUAAUCAAAUUCAUAAAGCAGCCAUGGCAAUAAACAGCAAUGUUCUUGCGGAAAUAGAUAUACCGGAAAAUUACAUAGAUAAUCUUCCCAAGCUGAAAUUCUAUUGCCAAGUGAUUGAGGAUUCAAUUAAAUGUGACCCCAUAAAGCAAAUGUCUUGGAAUUUAUCAUCAAAUUUCAUAAGCCUUUUAUGGAAGCCAAUAAUAGCAGCUGAGUCUUGUAGAAAACGGGAUGAUAUAGUUUCAAUUAAGAGUGGAAGAUCAAGUCUAGGGGACUCAAUUUACCACUACAUGUAUAAUGCAGACAAGUUCUCACCUGAACAACUUCUUGACUGUCUCAAAAUAAGUUCUGAACAUGAAGCACUUGAGUUAACAGACAGGGUUGAAUCAUCAAUGUACACAUGGAGACGCAAAGCUUGUCUGAGCCGUUCAAAGUCAUCGUGGAGCAAAGUAAAGGACCUCAUGGAAGACACAGACUGUAAGGACAAAAACUACACCUUAGCUGAGAGAGCCGAGUCCUUAUUGCUUUGCCUGAAGCAAAAAUACCCUGAACUUUCACAAACUUCUUUGGACACAUGCAAGAUUCAAUACAACCGGGAUGUAGGGAAAGCAGUACUAGAGAGUUACUCUAGAGUUUUGGAAGGCCUAGCAUUCAACAUUGUUGCAUGGAUUGAAGAUGUUCUUUAUGUAGAUAAAUCAAUGAGGAAUCGAGAGGUUUAG